GAUGCUGAAAGUUCAAAUCUGUUAGUAGCGGAAAGAACAACCUUCUUUCAGCACAACAAACCUGCAGCAGGAGAGAUUUGGAGCAAGGAUAGGAGGAGAAGAACCAGGAAGACUGCUACUGCAACAGGAGCUCUCGCCAUUUAUCUCUUUCCGAGGUGACUCGAGACUAACAUAACCUGGUUGUAGCUUUUACUGGGAACAAUGCGAUCUUUCACAAGGAUCCGGAUCAAAUGGACAGGUUAAAAAAAUGGAGGAAAGAGGGAGGAAAAUGGCCAAUGGAUCCUUUAAAGGAAAGAGAAUACAAGUAGGCCAACAGUGGGAUAUUAUGGGUGCUAAAGUGUAAGCCUUGCCCAGCACUGAGUGCCAAAUAAUUCCGACACAGGCUAUAGUGGAGUGGAAUCGCGCGUAGAGGAAUAUAUAUAAGCACCGGCUUUGUUGACGGGAGACGAUAUACAUGCCACCUUGGAAUCGUCCUGACGAAUGGAAAGCUAUGGGUCCUGUUAUUUCUGGUUGCACACAAUGGUCGCUGAUACAUUUAUGGACAGGCAUGAAGGAUCGACCAGAAUCUGACAACGUUGGCAUCUCGAGGUCUUGGGAUUCCGGGAGAAAGUUCUGGAUCCCAAGGAAGCGGUUUCCAGCUUUGUUGGUGACGCAAGUGCUUUCUGAGCUCGGGGCUCUAGCGAGGAUGAAGUUUCGGGUUUUCGGUGGAGAAGAUGCUCCAGACUGGGUCCUCUCCGGAAUUUACACGCUCUCCAAACUGAGCUCUGCAGACUUUCAGCUUUUGACACUCGAAAUACUUCGCCAGAUCUUGGGAGAAGCUUUUGAUUAUGAGAAAGCGUUGGAAGUAGCCUCAGCGAGUGCCUCUCUUGAUAUCAAGGCAUGUAUCGCAGCACUCCAUUUUCUUAUAACCAGUGCAGCGAGAUUUGAUGUGGACGACGUCACCGUUUCUAAAGAAGCUCAACAGCUCGGUUUACCAGCGGAGCAUACCGAUUCCUUCUGCGUUGUUUACAAGGAAAGCAAAGAUAGAUUGCUGUCAAGGCUCUCGGGACAAACUCCACGGAUUCCUCCCAUAUGUAUUACUGGAUGGCAAGUGCACAAGCCCAGCAAUGAUAUAUUGUUGCGAUUAACUCAGCCCUGUGAGAACAACAACAAGGACGAGGACAAAAACACCGAUAUGAACUUAAGUUACGUAAAGCUCACAACUCUUUUGACAGAGCUCAAAAGCGCGAGAACUUUGAUGGAAAACCUCUCAAACUGAUCAGCUACGCGGACUUCGACGAGUAGCAAAUAAAGGCUGAAAAUGAGACGUCGCUGUUAGGUCAAUUUUGUAGUGGUUCUUAAACAAGCCCUACAAAACGACCUUUGCGGACAUAAUCCUAUAGCCAAGUGUUUAACCAGAACAUCUCUUAACUUUUUCUUCUUCUUGA